CAAUGUUCAGCAUUCGUCGCCUCCGUCUCCCUCAACCGAAAUACUUUCUUGCGCCGCGCGCGACCACAAUCAUGGCACAAAAACGACCAUUCAAUGAGGGAAAGCGACAUUUCAAAAAGAGCAAGAAGCAGAAGCCAAACGUCAGCGAUGGCUCGAAUGAGGAUGUGCUUUUGGCAGACAUCAAGGAUCUUAUGAGGAGUGUGAACAUCACAGAGGACAAGCAGCUCCCGGAGCACCAUGCCGAGAUAGACGUCACAAUCUCCCAGCUGUCCUCGACAGGAGACGGAUUGGGAGAGAAGGACGGGCAGGUAUAUGUUGUUCCUUUCUCUGCGCCAGGCGACACCGUCACCGCCAGAGUGUACAAGCACAAUGAAGAACUACCAUAUUCUCUCGCAGACUUCGUCAAAGUCGUGACGCCCUCUCAGCAUCGCACAGAAGAGCCCAAAUGCCAAUACUUUUCCAAAUGCUCUGGCUGCCAGUUCCAAUACCUGCCAUAUUCCUACCAACUCGCACACAAACGAUCGAUCGUAGAGAAGGCAUAUCGCAACUUCUCGAACCUUCCUGCAUCUGUAGUGCCCACCGUUGGCGACACGAUUGGAUCACCGCUGCAAUAUGGCUACCGAACGAAGCUUACGCCGCAUUUCGACGGACCGCCGGGAGGGAGGAGGGACAAGAGACAUGGACAGAAGGUGACAUGGCCGGAGGUCCCGCCGAUUGGGUUCAUGUUGAAGGGCACGCGGAAAACGAUGGACAUUGAAGAUUGCCCGAUUGGUACGCCAGCAGUGAGAGGUGGCAUGAAGCGAGAGCGGAAAAGAGUCGCGGACAACAUUGAUGCAUAUCAGAAGGGUGCGACAUUGCUGUUGAGAGAGAACACAAGACGGGAGGAGAAGAAGGAGGGUGAAGGUGAGGUCGAAAAGGAGGUCGAGGCGACAGAGGAGGUUGUUGAAGAGCACGAUAGCCAUGUCCUGCGAAAGACCUGCAUCACCGACAACAAGGCCAUUUCAACAGAAUACAUCGACGACUUCCGACUGGACAACCCGGCUGGAGCAUUCUUUCAGAACAACAACUCAAUCCUACCGCUCGUCACGCAGUACAUUCGCGACAACAUUCUCGGAACUAACGAUGAGGCGAAUGGCGCUGAAGAGAAGCCAGUCAUCAAGAACAUGAUCGACGCCUACUGCGGCUCCGGUUUCUUCACCAUCACACUGUCGGGAAUGUUCAGCAACAGCAUCGGCAUCGACAUAUCCGGCCAAUCCAUCGACUUUGCCAGCAAGAAUGCACAACUCAACAACCUUGGCAAAGACUCAACGCACUUCAUUGCGGCGGAUGCCAACCAUCUAUUCGCUGCCGUGGAUGCAAACAAGUUUCCUCCGGCUGAGACGGCCGUUGUUGUAGAUCCGCCUCGCAAAGGUUGCGAUGAAGGCUUCAUCCGACAGCUGCUUGAGUAUGGGCCAGCGAGGAUCUGCUAUGUGUCGUGCAAUGUGCAUACGCAGGCGCGAGAUGUGGGUUGGCUGGUUGGUGGUCUGCCGGGUGACGGAGGAGACGCGAAGGACGCAAAGGGCAUGUACGAUAUCGAGAGUCUGAGAGGAUUUGAUUUCUUCCCUCAGACGAGCCAUGUGGAAGGCGUAGCAAUCCUGAAGAGGAAGCCUGUGAUCGCGGAGGAGAUCAAAGCAGAUUCUUCGACAGAGACUGGCGCAAAGAAAACUUACAUGUACAAACAUCUCCGAUGUUAUCUCUUCGCCAUCUCCACAAAGUCUUCUGCCGAAACAUCACUUGCUGCAGAACUGGACAUAGCAGCAGCCAUGUCAUCCAAGCAGCCCUCACAAGACGCGGCAGCUGAGUCGAACGGCAAAAGUACAGCACCCGACGACCACGAGAAAUACGAAGCACCUCCCGCUGAUGCAGAUCAAUCAGAGCCCUCCGACGACUCAGAAGCCUCCACCAUCAUCCUCCCCAGCAACGAACCCGACAACAGCACCAGCGUCAACAUCACCAUCGUCUCCACCUCCAUCGAAGGCAAGUCUUAA